AAUAGUCUAGUAAUAAAAAGAUGUUCAUUUAGAUAUCUUGAGUGUUUUGUGUUAUAUUUAAAGUUAUGACGCCAUCACAGAAAGUCCGGCACGGAUGUGAAGCGGCGCGAAACACUAAAUGGAAACUGGCAGCUGCUCCUGCUCCCUUGUUGAAGCGUCCUAGUAUGAUAUCGCAGCCAAAAUCCAUCCAGCCACACCCUGCAGAACAUGUCUACAGGUCCCACUUCCCUCUUCCUCCUCCCAAUCUCCCUCUCUUUCACACCCGCCAUGCAGAAGAGAGUGCAGAGCGGCCUCGCCUGGUCACUAUUGUACGGCCAUGUCAAAGUACACUACGAAAGGUGACUGUGCUGUUGAACCGCAGGGGUGUGGUGUCUUUUGAGCAAUUACUGUUGGAUAUCUCAGAGGCAUUGGGGUUUCCUCGCUGGCACAGAGCGAGAGUUACACGGCUAUACACGACACAUGCUCGGGAGGUUAAAGGUGUGUGCGAUUUCUUCCGUGGUGAGACUGCCCUCCUGGCUCUCAGUAAGGCACGUCCUGAGCUGAGCAGCGUGCAGGAGGCUCUGGAAGAACUGUUUCCAGAACAUUCACAUUACCGUGCUAAUGCACUGAGGGCCUGGGAGAAGAAACUCCAGCCACCGCCAGAUAAAACAGCCAAAGCUGACAGUGGAUACAGUGAGGGGACAGACAACAUUGGAACCAAUCAAGAUGUACACCGAAACACAAAUACACAUGUCAAGAAUCAUAUCAAUACACACACAUCUAAAAAAACAAACAUGCAUCAACCAGAUAAUCAUAAUCCUGACUCUCAGAAGUCAUAUAAAAAAAAUUAUUGGAGGAAACCUCUUCAUCUUCCAAACAACCUGCAGAGACUGCAUGUGAGGGGUGGCAUCACAGAGAGACAGCCCUCUGUUAUUGGUCCAUUUAAACACGAGGAGGGUCUUAUAGAUGCCGACAUACCCCCUCCCAUACUGUGUGAAAACUGCUUAGUGAGACAAGCUAAACAUAAAGGUCCAGAACUGAUCACUACACUAUCAGGUAGGGUCCCACUUCCACCUGUGUCGCGGAAGCAGAAAGGAAGUUCUCACAUAGAACAGGAAGUGAAACAUCUGGACGUUCAUAACAGACCUCCACAUCCACAACCAAUCAACAGAGGCGAGGAGAGGAGUCUUAUACACUUACAACUUCUAAAUCCAGCUCCAAAGGUGGGUGCAGCACACACAGACGCAGAAAAGAAGGAAACAUCUGGCCUCCCGUUUCACAGCAGUGAAGUCACCUUGUCAGACAUUGAGCGCUGCUAUGAAAUUGGACCUGUGGUCGGAGAUGGUAACUUUGCAGUUGUGCGAGAGUGCCGCCGUCGUGACAAUGGCCAAACCCUUGCAGUGAAGAUCAUUGAGCACUCCAAGCUGAUUGGUCGAGAACACAUGAUGCAGAAUGAGCUAAGCCUUCUGGGUAGUCUGUGCCAUCCUCGUAUAGUGCGACUGUUGACACACUACCAUACGCACACCCACUUCUACCUUUUUAUGGAGCUGGUGAAUGGAGGAGAUCUAUUUGAAGCCAUCAGUGACAGGGGGAAGUUUUCAGAAGCUGAAGCUGGACUGAUGGUGUCAGAUGUGAGCGAAGCUCUAAAUUACAUCCACUGUAAGAGCAUCGUCCACAGAGACCUGAAACCAGAGAACUUACUGAUAGAGGAAGUUGCUUCUGGCAUCUCUCGGCUAAAGCUGGCAGACUUUGGUCUUGCCAUGGUUGUAACUGAACCAGUCUACACCAUAUGUGGUACACCCACAUAUGUAGCCCCAGAGAUCCUCUGUGAGACAGGUUAUGAUGUCGCUGUGGACGUUUGGGCUCUGGGUGUGAUUCUUUACAUCCUCCUGUGUGGAUUCCCUCCAUUUCGCAGUAGGGAUCGAGACCAGGAAGAGCUCUUCAAGCUCAUAAAACAAGCACAACUUCACUUCCCAUCCCCUUACUGGGACUCCAUCUCAGAUGAAGCUAAAAGCCUUGUUAGAUCGCUGCUUCAGCCAGACCCCACAGUGAGACUGACAGCAGAGCAGACUCUCCUGCAUCAGUGGGUGACAGCUAUGGCUUCAACUUGCAGGCAGAGGGCGCUCACAGACAAACCUGAGAGAAGCAUGGCAGCAGCAGAACCAGUGAGAGUCCAGAGACCAACAGUCAAAAAAGCAGCAGAAUCACUUACAGACAAAUCUAUGGAACCCUUUUGCAGCGAGGAGGAAAUCACUCUCAGGAGACAUGACAAGCUCACAGCAAGAGGAAAAAAUGAGAACAAACAACCACUGCAGCAGUCAGAAGAAACAAGCACAGUUGAUGUAAUAUCUCCAAAGAACAAAGAGCAUUCACCUUUAGACAGCACACAUGGCCAAGAGAAACUACAAUCCAGCUCUACAGAGCAACACAGUGGGCGAGAAAUACAGGAUCCAGGACCCAAGCUGUUAAACACAAACCAUAUUGAUCUCACUAAGCUUGACUCCUCCGCAACCCAAACAGAGCCUCCAUCUCAGAUUAAACCACAAUUAAAACAUGACAGCCAACAGCAAUCACCUCCAAAUUCAACAUCUCUCAUCAGAACAACACACCAAACCACAGCAGGUCGCUCUGCUCAUCUUCAGCAAAAUAUAAAUUCCCAAAUACACAAUCCCAUGACAGCCACAUCCCAAAAACACUAGACUGAAAACCAAAACAAGGAGAACAGUGUUAACACCAUCAUCCAGCCAUCUACAAUGUCCUGACAUCACUAUGAAAUCUGUUGUUGCGUGAUCAGAUCAGGGUCGUCACUUUCAUUGUUCUAGACAAUAAAGCUGAUUUCUUAGCAGCUACAUCCUUGGGGUCAGCAGGUGAUGUGAUCUACUGGGAUGAAUAGGGUCUGAUUAAAGAGACUAGAUACAUUUCAUAAAUGUGCAUAAUCAAUUUUUCCCACAAACAGAAAUUAAUCAUGAGAUUUUGUGUAAUGACUUAGUCAUGUGUUUGCCCAGCCUAACACAAGGAGGAUGGAUUGGAAAGUAGUGAAGCACACUUUAUUAAUGUGUUACUAGUAUUCAUAUAAAUACUUUUUAGUAAAUGUUUUAGUAAAAGUGUUUUUGUUAACUUAGGGUUUAUUUUUUCUCUGGAAACUAUAUUUUUCUUUUGUAGAUAAUAUAUCAUGUCUGUGGUCAGAUGAUUAUUUGGUUGCUUGUUAUACAGUUCUGAUCUAAAAUAUCUACAUGAAAAACUUUUCAGUUUAUCUUUAGUCUAUUCUUUUACAUCAUCCAUUAUAGUGUUUAUUCAUUAUAUUUUGUAACUGGUUAUUUUGGCAACAAGCUACUGCUGAUUUAAAGUUUCAGUGGAGCUGACAAUCUGUGGCAAUGUUUAGGCAAAUGAAUGUGUUAUACAUUUGUAUAACAUGACUUACAAUGGGGAUUGCGCAACACUGAGGACAAAGUGUGACCACAUGCAGCUAGCGGGCAAACUAUGUGUGCAUAUCUAAGGGAGGUAUUUCUCUCUCACCAGUUCACACA